AUGUUUUCGCCGGAAGCAUCGCUGCAGAGCGCGCGUAGCUCACUGCGUGGCACUCGACGACGCCAGCGCGACUCUAACGGACACGACCAGCCUCGACGAAAGCGCAGUAAAAUUGCCGAAGAUGGGGCCUUCCAGACUACUGCUGGCGCAGACUUGAAGAUCAACGGCAAUGCCAAUACGAACGGGCACGACAGCCAUAACAGUGUCGAAAACUCCCUUGUAGUAGUGGACAUGCCAGUCCGCGAAAAAAAGGCGCCUCCUAAACGAGCGCUGAAGGAAGAUAGCGCUCAGUACUUGACUAAGAACGCGAACUAUAGCGUCAGGAAAUUGCCUAGUUUCCCAUCAGCUCUUGCACGCUCAUCAACUCCAUAUACAGCUUCUGCGGUCUCCUCCGCCGGACUUGCUCUUGCAUUCACAACCGACCGCGCCCUCGUAUGGGAUUACAGCAGCGCAACGGGCCCCUCGAAGAUCGUCACUCUUCCCCUUCCCUUCGCCCUGAGACCUUCCGAGCCACUUCCACUUGGCGCAAUUGUUCGCAACGGUCCCACCAACGACUAUGGUGUCGUUGCGGUUGCGCCUUCCAGCGGCAUAAUUACCUUUUGGGAGAAUAUCGACAGCGCAGAGGCUAGAAAUUUGUAUCCUCAACGCCAUAUGGGAGUGGAUGGAUCUGUAAAGCUGUACUCCGGAGAGACCAUAACCGAUUUGGUCGAUAUCGAGCACGCAGGCUUCAUCUUGAAUUUCAGCAGUGGCAGACUUGCCCAGUUGACUCUACGCGACUCGCAAGGACGACCUAGUGUCAGUACCACUAUUUUGAACGGCCCCAAUGGCUCGGGCGGCAGUCUUUUCAGUCUACGAGGACUGCUGGGAGGCGCCAUCCGAAAGACGAUUGCAUCAGUCAAGGCGCGCCCGUCCGAUUCCAAGGGUCAAAUGGAGGUGAUUACAACCACAAGAAACGGUUUAUUUCAGCUGUGGGAUCUGAGUUGGUCAGGGCAACAGAUUUUCAAGCACGAGAUCGAUGCCCACGGUGAGAUGCUCUCAGCCGUACAUGCAGGAACAUCGCCAGAACUUCGCGCCCAGUCUGAUGUGCAUGUACUGGACUUUGCAAUCACGGAACAACAGCGGUCGCCUGGAUCCGUAAGUCUUUUGGUAUUGGUGGCCUUGUUCGGACGCCAUACACUCGAUUACUCGCUCUUGGAAAUGAACCUGACAGCCGUGGGAGGCUCAGUCAGCAGGGCCAUCCCCAUCAAAAGCUUUCACCACGAGGGAUUACCCACAGAACCGACAGGAAAGCUUCUAGUCCCUCAGCCCGGACACACGGCGUUCGUACAGUUCCCUGGCGCUAUUGUCAUCGCAUCUCUAGCUCAGCCGGAGGAGAGCCCGGAGGCGCAACUUCUUGCGGACUCUGGAAGAUUUAAUAUUCCGUUUCAGGAUGCAAUUUACUUCCGAGAAGAGCUGAACAUUGUAGUUUCAGGAUUGUCUACGGCAGCAACCACCCGGAAGGAACAGAAGGCCACUGCUUUGAUCUUUGUACAAGGGUCUGGGAUCCUACAAUUCAGUGCGCACCCACCAGUAAUGGAUAAUGCGGGAACAGAAAGGCUCAAGGUCACAGCCCGGAGCAAACUGGAGCAAGCCACGUUUUUCAGCUCGAGACCGGGUAACAUCCUGGAUUUCUCGGUCAAAUCACGAUUCUCGUUUUCUGAAGAAGAGACUGCACAAGCAGCGCUCGAUGUCAGCAUGGGUAUCAUCAGUUCUUCGUACGACUACCUCGACAAGGUUACAUCCUCCAUGGACGAACAGUUCAAGACCCGCGCUUCCGCUCUGCGAACCUUGAUAUCGCACCUGCGAUCUGACUACCCUACACUACCUUUUCUGACGAAGUGGCGCUUGUUGUGGCACGCUGAGAAGCUUGCUGCUGCACACAAGCUGUGGAACUGGUAUGAGGCGAAACUACAGGAUCAGCAGGCGCACCCAGACGCAUAUCCAGAAAAGAUUCUCAUGAGCGACAUUGUCAAGGCGCUCAAUGAACGAUACAAGACACCCAUCAACCCUGAUCUUGGCGAAACAGACCCAAUCCGACAAUACUUUCUCAGAGACGUUGAAUCCAUCGGUGUGCUCAUUCCAUGGGGUUGGAACUACUUGCGAACAUUCUACAUGAAGGAAGGCGGAAAGGAACAGCCAUCAAUUAUGCAGCGGCUCAGCGAAGCCUCGGAUGUUAUGCUCGUGGCUCUGGAGACAGGCUUCAGCUUUCGACUAGCGAACAUUGAGUCGUAUGGCCUCGAUUCUGAUUCCCUCGAUGAGGGCAUUCUGAAGCCCGGUCAAGGUUAUGACGAGAUCCCUCAGUUCUGGACCUCUACGCACAACGUUGUCAGCUCUGUUCGCAGCCUCGUAGACGUCGGACGCAACUUGGCUGUAGAGAACUACGAGGAAGGCCUUCAGGAAACCCUUUCACAGAAGAUUGCCAAAGACAACCCGCGCAUGGUCAAGAUUGGUUGUCAGACUCAUAUUGAACGCUUCCAAUGGUGUCUUGAGCAGGUUGACGAGAAAACGCGAGAACAAGGUCGUAGUUUGCGAGACGAGUGGAACAGCAAGGUCCGACCGGACCACAUUUACGGCCUCAUGGAGCUUGGCCUGGCGACUGAAGGCAUGAAUCUGGCUGAACAGUACCGAGACAUGCCCACUCUGGUCAAUCUAGUCUGGGACGAGUCCAACUGGCUUGAGUCGGAGAAGGCGGCAACUCGAAGCAAGAUGGAAAUCGCCGAGAGCACAGUCAAGCUGAAGAAGAUCAAGGAGCGCAUCAGCCGGUAUUUCGAGAUGUACGGAGACGACUGGGCUGAGGCAUUCUACUUGAAGCACAUCAACGAGGGCCAAUCCGCGCAGAUGUUCGAGCCUGAGCAUCUGAAUCAGUUGGCAUUAAGCAAGUUCUUGCGCGCCGAUCCAUCUCGUGCGAGGCUGCGGUGGAUCAACGAAGUCUCUGGCGAGAAAGACUACGAAGCUGCUGCCGAGGCUCUCUUCGAGGCUGCGAACAAACAAGAGACCAACGCUUGGUGCAACAAAGUCGAACUAUCCAUGUGCAAGCUCGCAAUGCUGUGCCAAAAGGAAGAAACACAUGGCCAGGCGCAACCAAGCAACGGAGAUAGCCACGAGCUGUCCAAGGCAGAGAAGAUCCGAGAGAAGAACUACAAGGUCGUGGUAGAUCAGCUGGAGUACGCCAACGUGCAGGAGAUACUUUACGAUCAUCUUUCAUCUACCAUUGAUCAAGCCUUGGAUGACGAAACCGCGCUGAACCUACUCAUGGAGGAGUAUGCGCAGGGUCCCAUUCAAGAACGACCAGCACACGCGUCACUGCUGAAGGAAGGGUUUGAGAACCUCAUCCACCACAGGGUCAUCGAUCCUUCACUGAUGAUCGAUAUCCUCACCUUGAUGAACGAUCGAGGCGAGAGGGAGCCUACCUCAUUGAUGCAGUCCAACGAGUUUACCUUUGCACUCAGGGUCUUGGCCGCCAACUGGCACAGCAUCCACCGGACAACACGCGACGGCCUGCUGAAGCUGAUUUGGAAGCGACUGUGCAACAAGGACAACUGGGCUGAGAUCAACAAUACCAGGGACAUUUCCGACGCGACACUCGAGGAGUUCCUACUCUCCACCAACGUUGGCUGGACUUUCCGGGGCCUCAUGAGGUUGAUUGAUAUUGACGAACACAACCGUGUUGUGUGGCCCAAGCAGCUCACAGCCCUGGUUGGUGCAGGUGGCACCCACGGAGAGCUCUGCGUGCGGUUCCCACUCGAAGAUCUUCGCGAGCCAAUCAUCAAGGACAACCUGCUUGACGAUGAGAUGUUGCAGGAAAACCUCGAGAAGAAUCGGCUCGACCAGUGGUUCAAGGCAGCGUGUAGAGCUGGCAAGAACGCUUACGUGGCGGAGAAGAGGGAGCUCCGACGAGGCUCUUCGGCGCCCGCCGAGUCUGGUGAGGAGGACGCGGUUUCAGCAGCUGGAGCUGCAGCUGUCCGAGGUGAUGCUGGCAACGGCGUGGACCAGGAUCAAGAUGUAGCGAUGCAGGAGUCGUAG